CCUAGCCCAGCGAGCAUCUGUCACCAGGGAUGGCCAUGAAAACAGCAGGCUGGAACUCAGGGCCCAGCGGGGAAGGGUUCCAGCUCCUCCCCCUCCUGCCUCCUCCCCCAUUCUCCUCUCUCAUCAAUGCCAUCUCCAUAAACAAAGGGGGAGUGGGACUGGGGUGGUGGCAGAGGAGUCAGUGAAAGGGAAAGAGUCCGCUGGUGAAACCCCACCCCUGCGUGAGUGAGCAGCACUGAGGUAAUGCAGCCCAGCCCUGGCUCCACUCACUCAUAUAAGGCAGCCACCGACACAGGUGCACUCAGGAGUGAGCGGAUCCUCUGGAGCUUACACAGACAGCGACAGGUGCCCGCAGGUGCUGCCAGCUAAGGAGUCCCGCUCCCUUUCUGCCGUUGCCUUGAAAGUACCUAGGGUGUGGCAACAUGUCGAUGGGGCUGGAGAUCGGUGGGGUGGCCCUGUCGGUGAUGGGCUGGGUGGGCACCAUCCUGUGCUGUGCCCUGCCCAUGUGGAGGGUGACGGCCUUCAUCGGGAGCAACAUCGUGACAGCCCAGACCAUCUGGGAGGGGCUAUGGAUGAACUGUGUGGUGCAGAGCACAGGCCAGAUGCAGUGCAAGGUCUACGACUCCAUGCUGGCGCUGCCCCAGGACCUGCAGGCGGCUCGCGCCCUGGUGGUGAUCGCCAUCGUGCUGGCCAUCCUGGGGCUCAUGGUUGCCCUCAUCGGAGCGCAGUGCACCAGGUGCGUGGAAGAUGAGACCACCAAGGCCAAGAUCACCAUUGUGUCUGGGGUGAUCUUCUUGCUGGCUGGGAUCAUGACCCUCAUCCCCGUGUGCUGGUCGGCCAACACCAUCAUCCGUGACUUCUACAAUCCUGUGGUGUUAGAGCCACAGAAGCGGGAGCUGGGAGCCUCCCUCUACAUAGGCUGGGCAGCUGCAGCACUACAGCUGUUUGGGGGGGCUCUGCUCUGCUGCUCUUGCCCCCCCAAGGAUGAUAAAUACGCUCCAGGCAAGGUGGCUUACUCUGCUCCCCGAUCCACCGGGCCCAGCUAUGACAAGAGGAACUACGUGUGAGGAAGGCAGCCCAGCACCCCUCCUGCCUGUCCUGAUCCAUUCAUCAGACUGCUCCUGACUUCACUGCCUCCCCCGCUGCUCUCUGUAGCCCUUAGGACACCUGGGGAACACAGCCACCCCUUGCCACCCCAAGGACAAUGGUUGGCUGGCUGCUCACCAGACUGAUUGUCAUUUCAAGGGCUGGGUAGAGGAGGAACUGCUCCAUCUCCCUCAGGGCUGCUGGCGAGGGGAAGCAAGACCCUGAUAAGACUCUUCUUUCUGUUUGUAGAUACUUUGUCUUUGAUCUAUUGCACCCCAGCUCUGAGACACCCUCAUCCCCACUGGCUGGAGAAACCCUACUGGGCUCCGUUCCUCUUUCAAACCCAACAGAUUCCUCCAGCUGGCUCAGCUGGCACCCUGGCAAACAGUCUGCCUGAAAGUCAGGCCCCAGGGCAGGGAGGGGCAGAAGGUAACUUAGGGUGAAAAGGCAUUUGUGCUGAAUGUGCCAGCAGCCUCUCCCAGCUGGCACUGGCUAUGCCCUGGCUGUUAGGACCCCCUCCUUUUCCCUACCUCCCAGGAGUUUUCUCUGAG